AUGGCUACAGUAUCUGCAUUAGAAAGCUUUGUAGCUACUUACAUCACAAGUCACAAAAGUAAAGAUUUUGCAUGUGAUGUUCAUGAAAAAGAGAAUCCUUGGAAAUAUGUCCAGGAUUUAUUUGAAAAAGAGAUGACUUUCUCUAAAAAAAGUAAAAAAUUAAAGGGCAGAGCAGUAGCAAGUAUGUUUGCUGCAUGCUUGGCAAUGAAUGCCAAAAUAGAAGUUUUAAAUGACGCCCUUCACAAUUCUAAUGAAAAUUUAAUUCUCAAACAAAAAGAAAUUGACCAGAAAGAAAAAGAAAUUGACAAAUUGGAAUGUAAAGUCAGUUUCUUAACAUCACUUAAUGAUGAAAUAAAAUGCUUAAAAGAAAAAAGUGAUGAGAACUGUGCUACUGCACAAACAGAACUUAAAAUGUGUAAGGAAAAAUUGAUUAAAACAGAAAAUGAAAUGGAUAAUAUAAUUAGUGUAAAUAAAGUUAUCCAAAAUAAACUUACACAAUCACAAAGUGUACAAAAUACUCAUUUGCUACAAACUUUGAAAAAAGAUGCAUCCACCCAAACAUAUUCAUUGAAUAACUGUGACAAAGUGGGGGAGACAAGGAAUGUAAUUUUAUUUGACAAAACUGAUAAAACAAUCAAUUUGAGUUUAAAAGAUACAGUGAAUUCAGUAAACAUAGGUGAAAUCCCUGUUUUUCUAGCAACACCUGUGUUAUGCCCUGCUACCAGAGGCAAUAUUUCAAAUACUGUAUCUAACAACCACUCCACACCAAUUUUAAUUACUACAAUGCCCAAUUCAAGUUUUAUAGCAAAUUCAGGCCAACAUUGCACAGCUCAAAAAGAGUGUGAUACAUGUGUAUCUAAAUUACCAAAUUAUACUGUAAAAAUGCCACAGUUACACAAUGAUAUCUGCAGUGAUUUUCUUAAAAAUGAGAACAUGGAUCUCUUCAAGAUAUGUUUGGGGAAUGCAUUAAGAACUAAAACAGAUAUUGUAGUUAAGGUUUUGGAACUUGACAUAUUAACAAAUGAUUUACAGAGCAACAGAUGGGUGGAAAUCAUGGAUACAAUUAAUGGUUUUAAAGAAAAACAGUAUUGUUAUGAUCUACCAUGUAAACCUGUUUUUCCUCAUUUCUUGGAAAAACAGAGGUACACUUGGAGUUUUGAUACAUCCCAUGGUUCCCAAAAAUCAUAUGCAAAAUGGUUACAUGAUCUAAAUCUAUUUUCUACAAAGAGUAUUUUUCAGCUCCAACCCAACACAUGUAACGAAGAGAAGCAUGGAGGAAUCUUUCUUACAGAGAUGGGUGGUAUUUUUACAGCAAUGAAAAAUCGAAAACCAGUGAUGGACAUCUGUAAAUGCUUCCUCAGAAUCCCAACAGCUGAGCAGAAACGCAGAAACAACAUCUACAAUGAUAUUUCAUUAUAG